CUCUGAAAGAAUGGUGUCGAGAAUAACAGAGCCUCUAAUAGUUGGGGGAGUGAUUGGAGAUGUCUUAGACGUUUUCACUCCCACUUUAAAGCUGAAUGUUAUAUACAACUCAAACAACCAUAUAAGAAAUGGUCUGGAGAUUAUGCCUUCGGCUGUCAUGGCCCCCCCUCAAGUUCAACUCAUGGGCGGUGAUUUGCACACGUUUUUCACUUUGAUAAUGACGGACCCAGAUGCACCCAGUCCCAGUGACCCAACUGGUCGGGAGUAUCUCCAUUGGAUGGUGACUGAUAUACCUGGUUCAAAAUCCAAUUCCUUUGGCUGUGAGAUGGUGGGCUAUGAGAAUCCGAGGCCCAUGGUUGGGAUCCAUCGAUAUGUUUUCGUAUUGUUUAAGCAAAAUAGGAAGGGAUCAGUUGAGCCUCCUCCAUCGCGCUGCCAUUUCAACACAAGGCAAUUUGCAGAGAGAAAUGGACUGGGAUUACCUGUUGCUGCCGUCUACUUCAAUGCCCAAAGAGAGACUGCGUAUAGAAGACGUUGAAAAUCAUAGAGCUCACACUGUUCUACUCCACAUUAUGCUAGUCAAAAUGUGUUAGUCAAUAUUGUGAUAAAUCGGUUGGAUAAUAAUGCGUCUGUUAGUCAAUAGUGUGAUGAGUUACUUGGAAAUAAAAGCAUCUGUUAGUCAAAAGUGUGAUAGCUUACUUGGAAAUAAAGCGUCUACAGUACUGUUCUUGUUCGGUUCCACCAUGUUUCAGAUAUACUCUGAA